UCUUCUUCUGCAAACUGCAAUGGUGGUUCCAUUUCUGCAAACACGGGGAAACGUCUCGGAUCUUUCUCUCCCUGCGCCGCUGAGAAAGUAGAUUUGUCGUUGUGUAAGGCACUUUUCAAAGCAGUGUCUUCUAAGCAAUUUUUAGAAGUUAUAUUGUUGGAUUGCCUGCAAGCAAGUUAACGUUACCCCGGUUGAUUGCACAUAUAGCUUGUUAUGGACCCCUAUAUUAUGAAGCUUCUGGAAGAUGACGAGGAUGAAACAAUGCAUUCAGGUGCAGUUGUGGCGGCUUUUCAGGCUGCCUCGAAUAGAGAGAUAGAAGGUGAUGUUCCGACCGUUUCCCAGACUAAUGCAUCAGAUACAGCCUUCUCUGGUGGGAACAAUGGUUCUUCUGGCCUCUUGCUACAAGCUUCUAGUCAAAAUAAAAAUACUGAAUCUCAUGUCCAACUAGAUCAAAAUUUUCGUUUGAAGCAAGAACAACAUUCAUCUCUGAUGGAACCAGAGCGAUGUACAUCAGUACCUGAAAAUCAGCAGCAACACAAUGCUGCCCCCCUCCGAGCUUCAAAGAACCAACCCCAUGCAGAUCGUGAACAAGGGGAGGUAGAACAAGUUUCUGCUCAGUUUUCUCAAACAGAAGGACUGCAAGUUUCUGAACAAGUUCCAAUCCUCAUGAAUAACUCAAACAGAAUGCAGUACCCGGACAAUGAAUCUCAAUACUUGAAGUUACAAAAAAUGAGUAAUCAGGAGGCAAUGGUCUCGGAACAGGCAAAUAACUCAUUAAAUCGUAGCAAACAGGUACCUUUUGCCUCGUUGAUGCCUGUAUUGAUGCCUCAGCUUGAUAAAGACAGAGGCAUGCAACUUCAGAGUUUAUUCAACAAAUUGAAAAGGAAUGAAAUGAACAAAGAUGAUUUUGUCCGGUGCAUCAGGAGUGUUGUGGGCAAUCAGAUGCUUAGAUUAGCAGUUAGUCAAGUACAAUCUCAGCCUCCACCUUCAGUAAGGCAACCUUCUCCUAGAAUGCCAUCUAUGGGUGCCGGUGCACCAAAUUUCUCUGAUUCACGACCAUUUGCACGACUUCAUCAGAAAGGCAUGAAUUCUCCUGCAGUUCAAUCGUACAUACCUUCUUCAGCAUCCCAAGGGCAGAGUAGUUCAUGGUACCCUGCGAUAGACAAGAAUAUAAAAUCUUCACGAGAAGUCGAACAGCGACCUGAUGGUGUAAAUCAAUGGACUUCAUCUAGUUCAGGCACCAUUCAGGAAAGGAAAGGCUCCUCAGUUCCUGUUUCAGGACUCGAGAAGCAGAAGCUACACUUACAACAGAAAUCGUUUUCCAUGUAUGGAAACAGUGGUAAUUACCACCCGUAUACUGGGUCUAGCAUAAAUGCCUCUUCAUUGUCUUCUAAACCCCAAACUCACGAGGGUCACGUGAAGCAAAUUCCCCAGCAGGCUCCUAAUCUUGGCAGGCAAGUUACCAUAGAUGAUUCCAAGCGAGUGCAGGGUGGAAAUGUUCCACACUUGCACAACAACUUAACUGCACAGCAAAAUUCAGUUUCUUGGAAAUCCUCAAUAAGUAAAGAGCAGAAUACAGGCCCUUUGUCAUCGAUGAGUUACAUUAAACAACAAUCUUCUGGUCAGGUUUCUGAGCAGAACAAACCCCAACUUUCAAAUUUGCAGGGAUUGUCUUCUGUUUCUAGCAUGCAGGCUGAACACGUUAAAACAACCCCUGGAAUUGGGAAGGACGCUCUUGAAAAACAAACUUCUAAAAUGGGUUUUCCUAUAAACAAUGUUAUGCCUCCAACAUCUGCCAACGCGGAAAAUUUAAUUUCUUCUGAUGCCAGUUCUCUAGAUGACUCUAAUGCUGUGUUAAGCUCUCAGGUGCCUUCUGCAGCUACUCCUGGAAUGCAAGAUAGGGCACCUCAAAUAAAAGCAGUCGUUGGCCAGAAGAAGCCUCUUGAAACACUUGGCUCUUCACCACCCCUACCAAGUAAGAAGCAAAAACUAUCUGGGGCAUUUUCGGAUCAAAGCAUCGAACAACUUAACGAUGUCACUGUAGUCAGUGGAGUUAAUAUUGAGGAAGAAGAAGAACAACUAUUUUCUAGUGCAAAGGAAAAUAGUCGAGCUUUUGAAGCAUCACGAAAGGUUGUACAAGAAGAAGAGAGACUACUAUUUCAGAAAGGCCCAUUGCAGAAAAAGCUGGUGGAAAUCAUUGCUAAAUGCGGUUUGAAGGGCAUGAGCAAUGAGGUUGAGAGAUGUCUCUCAUUGUGUGUGGAGGAAAGAUUACGUGGGAUUAUUAGUAAUCUAAUCAGGCUGUCUAAGCAGCGAGUGGACGCCGAGAAACCAAGGCACCGAACACUUAUUACUUCAAAUGUUCGACAACAAAUCGCGUUAGCUAACCAAAAGGCCAGAGAAGAAUGGGAGAAGAAACGGGGUGAAGGAGAAGAACUCCGAAGGCUUAAUGAUCCUGAGGAUGGUCAGACGGUUGCUGUUGACACGGAGAAAGAUGAAGGUCGAAUGAAAUCAGUUAAGGCAAACAAAGAGGACGAUAAAAUGCGGACAACAGCAGCAAAUGUUGCUGCCCGUGCUGCUUUUGGAGGAGAUGACAUGCUAUCAAAAUGGCAACUUAUGGCUGAGCAGGCACGACAGAAACGUGAAGGUAGAAUGGAUUCAGCCUCUGGUUCUCAGUCAGGGAAUGAUGCUGUCCGUAAGUUUUCAUCAGCAGCAGGAAGAUGUAGGAAGGACAACCAAAAAGGAACUAGCAGAAGCCUUGGUAGCACCCAAAUCAAUGAAACUCAAACUAGGGUGGCUCGUAGUAUUUCUGUCAAAGAUCUCAUUGCUGUUCUACUAAGAGAACCCCAGAUGUGUAGAUCCACCACAAUAUAUCGUUCAUACAACAGAGUUCGUGCUGAAGCAACCGACGAAUAGAAUCGACUACAAUGAGGAAACUAGCAUCCUUGCAGAAUUGAGGUACUCAUAUAUGG